GUGUAGUGAACGUACUCUUGACCACUCCUCUUUGGGUAGUGAACACACGUCUGAAGCUGCAGGGAGCAAAAUUUAGAAAUGAAGAUAUUGUACCAACCAACUACAAAGGCAUAAUAGAUGCCUUCCAUCAGAUAAUACGAGAUGAAGGAGUCUUAGCUUUAUGGAAUGGUACUUUCCCCUCCUUGCUGCUGGUUUUCAAUCCUGCCAUACAAUUCAUGUUUUAUGAAGGCUUUAAACGGAAGCUUUUGAAAAAGCAGCUGCGACUGACGUCUUUGGAUGCUUUUGUCAUUGGUGCAAUAGCCAAAGCGGUUGCCACCACCCUCACUUACCCUCUGCAGACAGUACAGUCAAUCCUGCGGUUUGGGCGCCACAGGUUGAACCCGGAAAACCGAACGCUAGGCAGUCUUCGAAAUGUUCUGUACCUUCUUCAACAGAGAGUGAGGCGUUUUGGCUUAAUGGGACUCUACAAAGGCCUGGAAGCAAAGCUCCUGCAGACAGUCCUUACUGCUGCUCUUAUGUUUCUAGUGUAUGAGAAGCUGACUGCUGCAACCUUCACAGUCAUGGGAUUAAAGCAUUCACGCAGGCAUUAAAAAAGG